GAGUCUCCACAGUGAAUGUGUUAACAUUAUAUAUAUUAGACCAUGUACCUUGCGGAGAUGAGUAUCUACCCCUUCUAGGUCUGGCAUCUCUGCGAUGCCAGUAAAAUUGGCGGAGUUUGAGUACCAUAUCUAAACGGAUACAUUUAUAAAAAAAAAAAGAUGACUAUUGACCCACCACAGACAUUCAGUGUUAAGUCGGUGGCCAUUAUAGGUGCUGGACCAUCUGGAAUUGCAUCUUUGCAUGACCUUUCACGUGUUACGAGAAGCGGUAAGUCUCUGUUUGGAGAACGGGAUAUAUCGAAGUACGAAAAGGAGGGUGACUUGGCAUUUCCAGACUUGGUUGCUUUUGAGAGAAACGCUUCCGUCGGAGGUGUGUGGAGCAAAAGUGCAUUUGCGGAGAACAACAGGGACCCAAACUUGCCUGAGUUCAAGGAUGACUCGGUGGACCUGACAAACCCGGAGAACGUGUACCAGAAAAUACCUAUUGAUGCAGGAUUGGAAAAAAAGCUGGGAGAUUCGAGUGUUGACCACCCGGUGAAAGUGCUGGUCACCCCGGAAAUCUCCACCAAGAUCCAACAUCAAUGGAGAAGUUCUGCAGCAUACAAUGGUCUCUUCACAAACGUCACCAACAGAUACAUGUCCUUUUCGUUUGACGAGAGACUCGGCGACGAUCUCAAGAAGAUCAACUCUAAAUACAAGCAUAUCCCAGACCACCAGUCUUCGAGAGACGUUUCGGACUAUUUGGAGCGGGUUGUUGCCAACAACAACUUGGAGAAGUACAUACGUUUCAACACCAAUGUCGAGAGAGUCAAGAAACUCCCUAGCGGGAAAUGGGAAGUUGUGGCCUCGCAUUUAGCUGAGGAGAACGGGGUUCAGUAUUUGCAUUGGUAUAAGCAAAUUUUUGACGCCGUUAUUAUUGGAAACGGCAAGACGGUUCCCAUUGUUCCGAACAUCAAGAACAUGGCCAAGUUUGCCGAAGUUAACAAAGAUAAGGUUACAUUCAAAUUGGCAAAGUCGGUGCAGGACCCUUCGUUCAUCCGUAAUGCCAAGAAGCCCUUGUUCAUUGGAUCUUCGGUGUCGAGUGUCGACUUGAUCCAAUACGCAUUCCCAAGAGAUCUAGAAAAGCCCUCGGUGUACAUUUCCCGAAGAACAGAGACUGCAAACAGUGGCUGGGUGAUGUUCUGUUCGUAUGCAAAGGGGGUCGUCAACAAGCCAACGAUUGAGGAGUUUUUGCCCGAGUCGAACUCGGUCAGGUUUUCGGACGGUACUGUCGAGAGUGGGUUCGACGCCAUCAUUGUGUGUACUGGCUACCACAUGUUCUACCCAUUCAUUGACAAGUCCGUCGUUGACUCGAAUCCAAACAUUUUCAAGUUUUUCAGAUACACGUUCUCCAUGGCAGACCCAACUCUCGCCUUGGUGGGCAACACCUACGCAGGGUUCUUCUUCAACAGGGUUGAAUCACAGGCUGCGGCGUUGGCCGGGGUGUGGACCAACCAGUCCAAGCUCCCCUCCUUAAAGGAGCAGGAGCAGGAGUACGAACAGAGGCCAGGGCUCCUAGUCGUCCCAAUCAUAGACAAGCGGUUUAUCCGUCCAUUGAUUUCCCUUGCCAUCGAGGGCAGGCCUCACCCGUUCACGGUCAACAAGGAGAAGAGCGAUUACAUCUACCACGUGGCCACGGGCGGGCACACGAUUUUGGGGUUGUUCUUCAAGGUCCGAAACGGGGAGGUCGACUCCAGAGACCUCUUGGCCACCUAGUGUUUUUGAUUAGUAGUGCGUUCUAUUUACCGAUUCUUCCUUUCUCGUUAUACACCUUAUUUUUUCAAAUACAUGUUUUAACCACAG